AUGUUGGGUUGUACCUACGAGUCGUUGGCACUGUAUCGAAUUUCUCUGGGUCUCUUGCUGGUACUGGAAUUGGUUUCUCGAUUUCGAUUUCUGCAUCCCUUUUAUUCGGACGAAGGAACUUUGCCACUGCGGUUAUUACUGCCCAAGAUUGAUGGGAUUUACAAGAUCGUCUGUCUCCACACACAUCUACACGAACUCUGGCAAAUCCAGGUUGUGUUGGGGAUUCAGGUGGUCGCCGCUGUCUUGUUUACCGUGGGGUAUCAGACCAAACUCAUGACGAUUCUGUCGUGGUAUCUCUAUCUUUCCUUGACGCUGCGCAAUACCUGGCUCAACUUUAUUCUCGAUCGAUAUUUCCACUUUCUGCUCUUUUAUGCCAUGUUUUUGCCGUGUGAUCAUUGUUGGAGUCUCUCGGCGUGGUUAUCUAGCAGAAAGCAACAGAAUGAUCAAGUCAACAACAAUCAACAACCACCCAAGCGAGAGCUGGUAGUGUCUGCGGGAACGAUUGCCUUGAAACUGCUCGUUGUUUGGAUCUACUUGGAUGCCGGAGGCGGGAAAUACAUGGACCCCCUUCAGGGAUGGACGUACCAUGCGAAACCAUUGCCGGCUUUGGAUACCUACACACGACACACCGUCUUUGCACGAUACAUGUACGGCAUGUUGGGCCCUGAAGGAUUGCGGGUCAUGACACCGGCCGUGGUCUACGUCGAAUUGUUGGCGGCACCACUGGCAUUGCUGGGAGCCUAUCUGGGCAGUUCUGGCAUGGCCAAUACGGCCGUGUUGUUGAUUUGCCAAUUGCAUGUGGGCAUUGCACUGUGCAUGAACAAUGCAUUUUUAUUGAGUUUGGUGGCAUGUACGGUGUGGUGUAUUUAUCUCCCCAUUGGUUGGGAACGGAUCAGCACCGAACAAGCCACAAUAGCAACGUCCACGCCAUCCGUGUCGUCGGUCGUUUCCACGUUGCUCAUAGUGUCCAUGGUUGCGGGCAACGUUUGGUUUGCCUUCAACAGCGGUUCUUGUGAUGAAAACACAAUGAUAUUCUACAGCACCAUCUUUCACUGUCGUUGGAAUGUUUUUGUGGGAGCCGAAGAAUAUGUCACAUGGGAAAUUGCGCCUGGACUCUUGGUGGAUGGAUCCGUCGUGGAUGUAUGGGGACAAAAGGAUGAGGUGGACUGGCGGUUGCCCGGAGCGGGGGCUCCCUGUACAUCCACGUCUCGGCCAGGGCGAUGGCGGUCCUUCCCCUAUCUGGCCGAACUACAGGGGGAAGAUGGAGAAGCACUCUGGUCGUAUCUUUGCCGCCAGUGGGACCAAGACAACCACGUGGAUCAACUGCCGGGUCGACAACUGAUCAAAUUCAACUUUUUCAUGCUGCAAGCCGAUGUCUUGCCCAACAUGGGCUUUUCGGCGACGAGGAAACGACUGAUUCAUUCGUAUGAAUGCGUCAAGACAGAUGCAGCUGCAAUACCAUCAGUAGAAGAGCAAACUCAAGAGCCAAAACCCGGUAGUAGCGAUCAGGACGUGGUUGGCAGUAAUAUUGCGCAACAACAAUCUACAGAAGGAGACGACCGAGACGAAUCUGCCGAGCCCCGUGACAAAGCUCCCGAUGACACAAGCUUAGAAGAAGAAGACUCCAAUGAUGCAAUCUCUGCAGGCGACAAUGAACCUCAAGAGGCAGGCCAUGCAACUGUAUUGCCGGGGGCUGUCGAUUCGAGCACGUCUUCCAGUACUACCGAGGAGGCACCAACCGCAGAUUCCUCGGACAGCAGCACGGGCAACGAUCCGCUGCCCUCUGACGACAAAGAAACAGACGCUGCGGAAAACAGUGUCAAAGAAGAGCUGUAG